AUGGAAAAAACCGAAUAUCGUGCAGUGAUAAAAUUCUUUGUUUUGGAAGGUUUAUCAGCAACAGAAAUUCAUACAAAAAUGGUGAAAGUGUUAAAGGAAUCUGCUCCUUCAUUUCCAACUGUGCAUCGAUGGGUUUUAGACUUUAAACGUGGUCGUACAAGCGUUGAAGAUGAACCACGUAGUGGACGUCCAAAAAGUGCAACAACACCAGAAAUCAUUGAGCAAGUCUAUGAUAUUGUUUGUAAAGAUCCAAGUUUAACUAAGCGUGAAAUUGCUGAUACCAUAGGCAUCUCAGAUGAACGAGUACUCCAUAUUUUACACGAAGAAUUACAUAUGAAAAAGCUGCUCGGAAAGUUAGUGCCGCAUUCGUUAACAAUUCAACAAAAACUGAAUCGAAAACAAAUUUCUCACCGUAAUUUGGAGCGUUUUAAGCAGAAUAAAACCGAUUUUGUGCGUCGUUUUAUAACUAUGGAUGAGACUUGGAUCUACCAUCAUGAUCCUAAACUGAAACAAGAACGUUUACAGUGGAUUGAAGCUGGUUCUUCAGCUCCAAAACAGGAUCGAUCAAAUCAUUUUAUUAAUAAUUCAAAUGUUCCAAAUAAUUCCGAUCGAUCAACUAGUCAAACAUCAUCAAUGCCUCUUCCAUCAUCAUCAAAUUCAGGUGGUAUUGAUUUUCAACCACCAUAUUUUCCACCGCCAUUUCCAAAUGUAACACAUCCAACACAUCAACAUCCAUUUGAUCAACUACAAUCAAAUCAUUCACAUAAUCUUGAUUAUACAUCAUCAUCAUCACCUCCAUAUACAAAUAAUCAAACAUCACAAUCUUAUAAUUCUUUAGUUCGUUCAUCAGGUGUAAAUAUUGAUGAAACAACAUCAACAACAACACCAUUAACUCAUCCAUAUGGUGCCUAUGCAGAAUAUGCAGCAUCUUAUUAUAGUCGUCAUGCUAUGGUACUUGAUCCAGAAUCAUUACAACUUUAUCGAAGUGGUUUAUUAGGUACUGAUCCAGCUAGUACAGCAGCUUUUCGAGUUCCUAGUCUUGAUGAUAAUGUUCCACCAGCACUUUCUGAACAUUAUCGAGCAUCACUUCAUCGAGAUUUACGUCGUGGUGAUACAAAAGAAGGUAUUCAAUUGAAUUUAGGUGCUGGCAAUCGACCUAUUGCUCCAGCAGAUGUAUUUUGUAGUGUACCUGGACGAUUAUCUUUACUUAGUUCAAAUUCAAAAUAUAAAGUUAGUGUAGCUGAAGUUCAACGACGUCUUUCACCACCAGAAUGUCUUAAUGCAUCUUUACUUGGUGGUAUUUUACGAAGAGCAAAAUCAAAAAAUGGUGGAAGAUUAUUACGUGAAAAACUUGAAAAAAUUGGUGUUAAUUUACCAGCUGGACGACGUAAAGCAGCUACAGUUACAUUAUUAACAUCACUUGUUGAAGGUGAAGCUGCACAUUUAGCACGUGAUUUUCAUUAUGUAUGUGAUCAAGAAUUUCCAUCACGACAAUGUGCAGAAUAUACAACACGUCAAUAUCAUACAAUAAAUCAUUUACAAGAUCCAUCAGCAAUAACAAAACGUAAACAAAAUAUUCUUGCUGCUAAACAAUUAGUUAAAGAAUUUACUGAUUUAUUAGCACAAGAUCGUUCACCAUUAGGUACAAAUAGUCGUUUAGCAUCUGUUCUUGAUAUAUCAUUUCAACGACAUUUAACAAAUUUUUCUCUUAUAACACAUGGUUUUGGUACACCAGCAAUUAUUGGUGCAAUGUCAGCAUUACAAAAUUAUCUUACUGAAAUGAAUAAAUUAUGUGACAAACCAAUGACAAAUUCUAUUGAAAAUAAAAAAGAUAUUGAUUUAUUAAAUGACAAAACUCGAUAG